AUCGCAAGCGUAUGCCCAACAAGGUAACCCUUAUACAGCCUGGUGCUUUAGUGGAAGAUAAUGAUGAACCAUCAGGAGAUGAAUUGGAUGAUAUUUCUGCGCGCGACAUUGCCAUGGCACGGUACAAACGUAACCACGAUUAUCUGUCAGAAAUAUUUACACCAUAUAGCGCAGCUUCCAUUGUCCCACCGCCAUUAGAAGUGCCGCAAAGAAAAGAGGAUCUGGAAAAAGCAAUUGAAAACGAGGAUAAAGCAAUAUGCGAGCGAACCGCCGAAUAUGAUCAGCGGUUAAAAACACUUAAACAGAAACAAGAUGAUUACUGGAGCUUAUUGACACAACUGGACAAAGCAGAUAACAUAGAGCAAUUAAGCGCGACAGCGGAGCAGUUCAAAAUUACCACCGGCAUCAAUUUGGAACACGUCAAAGAAAAUGUUCAUGCCAUCCCGAUCCCUGGCUUGGAGCAAGACGAGCCGCCUGUCCCACAGACAAUGCAACGACAACCCGGAUCUACAGGUAGCAGCAGGCCGGGUGAUCACCAUCAACAGAACGGAUAUGUUGCAGAUUUCAUGAAUGCACAGCAAGGAGGUACAGAUUCAAACAAUGGCCACCACCAUCAGGUAUCAUCCAGUGGACCCAUGAACAUGUUUGGGUCGUAUGCUCCCUCGGAUUCAAAUACAAACCAACCUGUCGAUGAUGAUGAUGAUAAUCAGAACGACUUUUUCGAUGAAAUGGUGAAUACGGGUCAGGAUGAUGAUGGAGGCAGUGUGAGCGAGUUUUUAAAUGCGGAUAUGGAUUUCGAACAAACGACGGCGACGGAUAAAUCGGUCGAUGGUGAGCCAAGUAAUAAUAACGCUACUACAGAUGUUACGAUGACAGAAGCAAGCCCCGCCGCUCCUUCCAAACCACCAUCUCUACAACAGCAACAGCAAACAUCAUCAUUAUCUCAAAACAAAGAAGGUUCUUCGUCAUCCGAUCCUGCUGCUGCUGCUGCCGCAGCGCCUCAACUCCCAUUACCAACAGCAACAACGCCAUCAGUACCAGAAGCAUCUGUCCCAACAGCGGCAACAGCUAAUACAUCGCCAUCCGCCCCUGCACAGACGGAAGAUGGAAAACCAGCUGAAGGAAAUCCUCAAGCGUAGAUGUUUUUCUCUUCAUAUACUUAAUACAUAUGUAUAAAACAGAACAAUAAUUGGAUUUAACUAGGUUUCUCUAUCUUGUUACUUACCUAGUCUACUUUUCUUGUUGAGCUAUCAUCGGCCAAUCUCGUAUAAACAGAUAGCUACUUCAUUUUAAAGUGACCUACAAUCCUUUUCACAUGCGUCAAGCAUCGCUUUCAAAAUCCCGCUGGGUUCUUGAUCCAAG